AUCAAUCAUUGAAAUUCACACUACGCCAUCCUUGUACCAUCACUCCUCUUUUCACGCUCCUGGUCUUCUCUUCAAAGGUCACAUGGUGUAUUGCAGUCAUGUCUGAAGGACCAAAAAAGGCCAAAUCCAAGUUCUCAGCAACACGCAGACUUCUGCUGAAGAGCAAACUGCUGAAAAAGGCAGAAAGCUUGCUGGUGAAAGAAAAAGAGCAGAAAGAAGUGGAGAGAGAAAACACCCUGAGGGAGAGAGCGCCGCCCCUCAAACUCUCUGGCCUGUCGGUCCAAGAACUGCAGGAGCUUUGUAGAGAUUUGCACCACAAGAUUGACAUUGUGGAUGAAGCACGGUAUGACCUCAAUAUAAAAGUCGCCAGAAAUGAAGCAGAGAUUCUCUCAUUAACCCAGAAGAUCUAUGAACUGAAGGGAAAAAUGAAGCGGCCGAACUUGAGAAGGGUGAAGAAGUCUGCAGAUGCCAUGCUGGGAUCGCUCACAGACACCAGAACUAUGAAAGCUGAUUUCAAAGCCAACCUCAAAACAGUUAAAAAAGAAGAAGAAAAGAAGGAAGAGGUCACAGACUGGAGGAAAAACGUGGAGGCGAUGUCAGGCAUGGAGGGCAGGAAGAAGCUUUUCGAUGCCGGACAGUAGACAACAGAGAGAAAAGAGGUUGCAAAUGAUAAAGGGGCAUUGGCAUACAAAGCUCAUGUUGUUUGUUUGAAUUUUAAUCACCUUCAACAUUUUAUGGUCAAUUAUUCAUUUAUUCUGUCAACCAGCUAUGGCUUCCAUGCAACAUUAAAGGAAUAGUUCACCCAAAA